UUGAGCGCCAGCGGCGCAUAGCUACAUCAUUCCUACUUUUGAUUAUAUUGUAGCACAUAAUCAAUAGACAAAGCAGAUACAUUUAAUUAAGUAAGUUCGCCGCAUUAAUAUCGGGGAGACUAAUCCCGUCAGAACCGUCAGUUUUAUUAGAAAAUAUAGUUCGACAGAACGUCGUAUAGUGCGUUACUCAGUUUAAUGGAAAAAAUUUCACUCAACAUGGUGUAUACGAUUGCCUUGUCGGUGAUAGCCGGUGCCUUGGGUUUCUAUUACUUCUUCAUCAAGAACCUGAACGUGUUCAAGAAGCACGGCAUACCGUAUAUGCAGCCGCUCCCAAUCGUAGGUAAUAUGGGACCGAUGAUCUUGCGUAAAGAGCCCUUUGCUUAUAUCUUGAAGAAUAUAUACAACCUACAUCGCGAGGCCAAGUAUGUCGGUAUGUUUGAAUUUACAACACCACUGAUAUUGCUACGCGACCCUGAACUCAUCAAGUCUAUUACACUCAAACAAUUUGACAUGUUCCCGAAUCAUCGCACAUUCCUCCGCGAGGAUCAAGAUCCACUGAUGGCAAGAAAUCUCUUCGCCCUUAAAGACGACAAGUGGCGGGAAGUGCGAACUAUGCUGAGCCCGGCCUUCACUUCCAGCAAGAUGAAGAUCAUGUUCAAGCUGAUGUCCGACUAUGCUACUGACUUUGGUGAUUUCAUAGCGCAACUACCGCCGGAUCAAAACGUGAUAGAAACUAAGGAUAUUUUCACACGUUAUACCAACGAUGUGAUCGCAACCUGCGCUUUCGGCGUCAGUGUUGAUUCCAUGCGAGAUCCGAAAAAUCGUUUCUAUGCAUACGGCAAAGAAGCGACCAAUUUCAAUCUUGUCACCUUCUUGAAAAUGACCUUAUUCAGAAUAAUGCCAUGGCUGGCGGAUCUACUAAGACUAAAAUUAUUUCGCGAAGAAGUCAAGAAAUUUUUCUAUGACCUUGUGGAUACCACUAUUAAGACCAGGGAUGAGAAGGAUAUCGUUCGACCUGACAUGUUGCAGCUAAUGAUGGAAAGUAGAGGAAAGAAAGACGGUAGGAAGAAACUGACGAUCGAGGACAUGACUAGCCAGGCCUUCAUUUUCUUUUUCGCUGGUUUCGACAGCACGUCGACGUUGAUGAGUUUCGCUGCGCACGAGAUCGCGGUGAAUGAGAACGUACUGAAAAGACUACAGAAUGAAAUCGACCAGAUACUGGAGGACACGAAUGGCGAAGCACCGUAUGAAGCGAUCAACAGCAUGGAAUACUUGGAUGCCGUAAUAAGCGAGGCUCUCAGGAUGUAUCCAAUUGGUAUAGGGCUGGACAGAGUGUGUAUAAAGGAUUUCGAAUUGCCACCGACGUUACCAGGAACGAAAAAGUUCACCGUGAGAAAAGGGGAAGCGGUGAUGAUUUCACUUUUUGGACUACAUUAUGAUCCAAAAUACUUCAAGGACCCGGAAAAAUUCGAUCCCGAACGGUUUCUCGGCGAGCAGAAAAAAGUCACCUUGAACACCGGAGCGUAUCUCCCGUUCGGCUUAGGACCAAGGAUGUGCAUAGGUAAUCGAUUCGCCCUGUUGGAGACGAAAGUGUUACUCUUUCACACGUUGGCACGUUGCGACUUACUACCUUGCGAAAAAACAUCGAUGCCGCUCAAAAUAGCCAAAGAUGCCGUCACUUUAAAGCCCGAAGGUGGUUUCUGGCUGAAAGCGGUACCGAGAAAGGAGCCACAUCGUUUUAUAGCAGUUAAGAACGCGAACAGCACACGUGAUUUGUAGUACUAUUUUCAUUGGUUUAUCAAAUCUUAAAAUUCAAAUUUUGUAAAUAUGAGAAACUUUUUUUAUUAUUACGAUAUAUAAUCCGUACUAUUCAGAUAAUUAUUUGCUAUUGCAUAAUAUAUUGCAAUAAUAAAUACAAAGAAAAUUUUGUUUAAUUACAUACGAUUUAGCGAUAUUGGGAGGCUAGUGCAUUAAGACAAAUAAACCGAUAUAUACAGAAUGACGAGUAGAGUCAAACAUUUGAUAAAUUAAUAAUAAUUGGAUGUAUGUAUAUGUUAAUGUUAUAUAUAUACAUACAAGUUGACACGCUUAAUAUUUUCCAAAAUAAAAGUUAUUUUUAUAAAUUUACUUUUAAAUCCUUUAGUAUAUAUUUUUUCCUCUUGUCAAAGGAUUGUAUUUUCGAAUUAUACUAAAAAUAGGUAUAAAAUGCUGUGGAAGGAAGAACAGAAAAAUAAAAUGUAAAUUGUGUGCCAAAUCUGCAAUAUACAUCCAAGUCUCAUAUAUAAACAUAUAAGUGAAGAAAAUUAAUGUUAAUAAACGAAAUCACGUAAUAAAUUUUCGAGAAAUUCCAAAGAUGUGAGCCAAUGCCGUUUAGCAUGAAGGCCUCUCUCGUCUCUUCCUCCUUCUCUCUCAUCUCGCUCAAUGAUCUUAAUCGUCGGCAAUGAGCGAACCGUGGUUUGUCGUCAAGUAGAUGUUAUGAUCGCGUACCACUGGUCAAUUUUAUAUUCUUUUAUACAUUAAAUGGAAGUUUCCUUUUAUACAAUAAGAAAUAAUCAUAGAAAAUAUAUAUCGAUUUAUAAAUACGAAGUAGUAAUUGAACUGAUUUCCUUCUUUGAAAACAGUAUCCAUUAAGUUAAUAUUUUAUUGUAAUCGUAAGAUCCAUUAGGUUAAUAUUUUAUUGUAAUCGUAAGAUAUAACACAAAAUACUUUUCGCUUUACAAGUGGCAAUAUCGCGCGCGAUAUAAUAAUAUUGCUUGAAGUAGCGUAGAUAGAUAAUAUGUAUAAUAAUAUGUAUAAUAAUAGACGCAAAGUGUAAAUUAUUUUAUUUAAGAAAUACAUGUAUGAUAUACACACAAAGUCACUAAAUGUCAUUGAAAUUUAGUUAGAUGUAAUAAUUAAAAAAAUUGAAUUAAUAAGAGUACAAAAUUAAUAAGAGUCUAUUUUUUUCGUCGAUCACAAUUCGAUGCAAAAUAACUUCCGUUUUUGCCUUAGAAUAUGUGUUUCUUUACUUCAAACAUUGUGGCUUUAUUUUAAUUCACCUUGAUUUUGUAUCGACUUACCUUUAAGAUUGCAAUGAACAUAGAUUUCACAUAUAUUUUAUUCAAAAAAUAUAUAUUCGAAAAUUCUUUACAAAUAGCGACACCGUUAUACAUAUUUCCUACUGUUAUUAUACAAUAUUAUGCAAAUUUAUCAAAUGAAGCUUAAUACUUAAAAAUUUUUUUUUAGCAAAUUUAUCUGUACUUACGUUUCUAUUUCGUAUAAUAUAUUUCACAACAUAUUAUAAAGUUUAAAUCGUUGUCAUCUUGUGGUAUAAGAAAAUAUGCAUAAGCAGUUAUGAAAUAUAGCUAAAGAAAAAUAAUACAACAUAGUGGUAGCUACCUACUCAUACAAUGCGGCGCUUAUAGCCUAUGGCACUAUAUUAUCAUGUCGUCUUCCAAAGAUUUAAUCGUGACCACUUUCUAUUAUUAUGUAUGUAUGGAUUUGACAUUUAAUGCUCUAUAAUUUUUGUUGUAAUAAAUAUUUAAAAAUUUGGGAAAGUAACGAGUAAAGGAAGAGGGAAUAAAAAAAUUUGACAUUUUUUUUUAAAUUGAAUGCAUCGCUGCAAAGAGUAUAAAAUAUCAUAAAACUUUUG